AUGGAUCUGUCAAUCAUGAUCAGCAACAACACUGAUUCUGCCAACAAAACAACGGACUGCCCGGAGUUGAAGAUUCCACACGAGAUCUUCCUGGCCAUUGGUGUCCUGAGCCUGGGUGAGAACUUGCUGGUGGUAGUGGCAGUGAUCUGGAACCGGAACCUGCACUCACCCAUGUACUGCUUCAUCUGCAACCUAGCCGCCUUCAAUACCAUGUCCAGUCUCACCAAGGCCUGGGAAACCGUAAUGUUAGCCUUCAGGGACGCUGGCCACCUUGACUCACGUGGACGUUCAGAGACAAGCGUGGAUGACGUGAUGGACACGUUAGUAUGCAUGUCCUUCCUGGGCUCCAUCUUCACCUUUUUGGCCAUCGCCGUGGACCGCUACAUCACCAUCUUCCACGCUCUGCGUUACCACACCCUCAUGACCAUGAGACGAGCAUUGGUCAUCUUAGCCACCAUCUGGGCCCUGUGUGGCAGUGCUGGAACGCUCAUGAUCAACUUCUUCGAGAAAGUGGUGGUCAAGAUCCUCUUCAUCGCCUUCUUUUUCAUCGCUUUGUUCCUCAUCCUCCUGCUUUACGUGCAUAUGUUCCUGCUGGCGCGCUACCACGCUGCUAAGAUCGCCGCGCUGCCCGGGAGUGGCGCGCGCCAACGGAGCAGUGGUAUGAGAAGCGCCUUGACCCUCACCAUCCUCUUUGGGGUGUUUGUGGCCUGCUGGGCUCCCUUCUUCCUGCACCUGCUCAUUAUCAUGGUGUGUCCGCAGAACCCAUACUGCGAAUGUUACCGCUCGCUGUUCGAAUUGCACGUAAUUCUGCUGAUGAGUCACGCCGUCAUCGACCCGGCAAUCUACGCCUUCCGCAGUGCGGAGCUCCGACACACCUUCAAAAAGAUGUUUCUGUGCUCCAGCGUCAGCCUCCGCCGCCAGCGCCUGUGA